AUGGAAUCAAAACUACUGAGUGUUCCCUUUCGGAAGACAGAUCGUGUGAAUUUAUACACGUGUCUGAAAGGGGUCAUUGACUCUGAAUUCUACCAGUCAUCUUCGAACUUUGAUAAGAACCUGCAGGAGAUUGACCAGUUGCGCAAGGCGGCGGAGGACCCUUCCUGUUCGCUGGAAUCGAUCGCUCUUCUGAAACGCUACUAUGUUCAGCUCGCAUCCUUGCAGCUUAAAUUUCCCGAAGACUCGAUUGAGUCGCCGUGGUAUGGCACUCUGGGAGUUCGUGUGGACGGCCCCUUUACCUAUAGAUCGAUAACCUACGAGCGAGCAAACGUGCUUUACCAAAUAGCAGCAGCGUAUUCUCUUCUGGCACUGAAUGUUGACGAUAAGCACAGUCUGGAUGGAAUCAAGCAGUCGUGUAUUUAUUUUCAGCACUCUGCCGGCUACUUCGAGCUUUUGCGAACUCAAAUCAUACCACAGCUGACAAAUGUACCGCUCGAGCUGCGAUCGGAGGUUCUCGAGACAUUACAGCUACUGAUGCUUGCGCAGGCACAGGAGAAAUUUUGGUUCUUUGCCCUGAAAAGCGACCUGAAACACACAGUGAUCUCAAAGCUAUCUGCCCAAGUGUCGCAAUUCUACGCCGAUUCGCUUGUACUGGCAAAGAAAACUGUUUGUUUCAAAAAAGACUGGAUUGAGCACAUACAAAUCAAGGCUUUGCAUUUUAAGGCUGCGGCAUACUACCGGAGCUCAAUACACUGUGGGGAACAGGAAAAAUACGGAGAAGAAAUAGCGUAUUUACGCGACGCUAAGCAAGUUUUCAACACGAAAUUGCCGAAAGUAGACGGCGAGCUAGCUCUCGAAGACUUCAAGAUGCUUCGCCAGACAAUUCAUGAUAGACUGCGGAAAGCUGAACGAGAAAACGAUUUGAUAUAUCUACAGGACAUACCAAAAGUGGAGGCUCUCACCAAGGUUUCUAUGGUGAAAAGUAUUCUGCCCGAGGACUUGACAGACUUGCAUAAGGCCAUCAACAGCAGUGAAUACGGGAGACCGCUGUUUGAAGAGCUGGUGCCUUACAGCGUGAUCCAGGUCGCAAUGUCCUACAAAGAACGUGUGGAAAAUUAUUUUGUGGUCAAUUUCAAGGAACCCCUGGAGCAACUCAACAAAAAGAUCGAUGCACUGAUCAGCGAGACGGGAGUGACUGCUCAAAUAGAAACGAUCCUGAAGCCGCAAAGCAUACCUAAUUGGGUGUGGGAAAAUAAAGAGAAGCUGGAACAAAUGAGGUGGCAGAGCACUUUGAGAGAGCUAGAAGCAGAGCUGCGCGAGGUGCGGCGCGAUGCGCGGCCUCAGUUGGACAAACUCUGGGAAGAAGUGCGGGUAGCGCGGGAGAACGACCAGCAGCAGCGCAGAUUGCACGGUUCGAGGUGGCAAGUCCCAGAUUUCGACGAGUCUGGGGCUGAGUGCUACGAAGUGCUAAAUAAGUUGGAGACAUAUUUGGACCAGUCGACCAAGGGUGACCGCAUUAUCUUUCAGCAGAUCAAGGACCUCAAGCCUUAUCUACAGGUGUACGAGUCGGCGGAGAGUUUGGAGGAAUUCAUUCCCAAAAGCCAGAUACUGGACCUGAACCCGGAUUUUAAAGAGGUGGUGUUCAAGUUGGAUGACAAGGUGAAACAACUGAAAAACCUGAAAAACGAGCGUUAUGAGUUCCUGGAGAACCUGAGGGUCAAGAUGAAUGAGAACCAGAUCCUGAUGCAGGUGACAGAACAGUACAAAAAACUCGUCUCGCAAAAUAUCGUUGUGGAUGAGAACUCCAUGCAGUUUAUUUUAGAUGAGAAUUUGCGGAAGUUUGACGCAGAGCUCGGAUUUCUGACAAGUACAGCCACCAUUCAAGAUAGCGACAUAGCGCUGAUAUACGACCUUUACGAUAUUUUCAAGUCAGCGAAAAAACAACUGCAGGGAGGCAAGGAGCGCGAGACAGCUUUACGCGUGUUGCAGGACACAAUGAAUGGCUACUUAGAGGUGGUGGACAACCUGAAGCAAGGCAUUCACUUCUACCAGGACUACAUGGAGAAUCUGGCCACGGCUGGGCAGAAAGUUUGCGACUUCCUCAACAACCGACGGUUACUGGUGAGUAAUCUUUGA